AUGUACAAUGGUCGAACAGACCUUGUGAAGCACAUAAGCCACUUCAACCAGAGAAUGACUGUGCACUCCAAGAAUGAGGCCUUGAUAUGCAAGGUGUUUCCCUCCAGUUUAGGGCUUGUGGCCAUGAGGUGGUUUGAUGGCUUAGGAGCAAGUUCCAUUGAUUCCUUUAAGGGAUUCACUCAGGCAUUUGGAUCUCGCUUUAUUACAUGUAAUAGGGUUUCUCGGCCCUUAGAUUCUCUACUGUCUAUGGCCAUAGGAGAAGGAAAGACCCUGAAAACGUACUUAGAUAGAUACUGGGAGAUGUUCAAUGAGAUCGACAGGGAUUUUGAUGACGUGGGUAUAAGGACUUUCAAGGUCGGCCUGCCUGUUGAGCAUGAUUUGAGAAAGUCCUUAACCAAGAAGCCAGUAAGGAAUAUGUGUCGGCUUAUGGAUCGUAUUGACGAAUAUAAGCGAGUUGAGGAAGAUCAAUAG